AUGCCGACACGAAGUAUCGAUCCUAUCAUCCACUAUCUUGCGUGUAUUUACCACCCCCUAGGUACACCAAGAUGUCUAUCACCCACGACCACCACGACGUUCAAACUCGAGUUCACUACUUCCGAAACCAACAAUAUUCUCACGGUCGUCAGACGAUCACUGACGAAGGAGAGAAAAGCUACAGUCACCUUGAUUUCUUUUGCAAGGAGUUCACAGGGCAAGGGCGUGGAUUUACACACCCGCAAACAACGUUUUGAGCUUGCUCUUUCUCACUUCUUCACUACCACAACCAAAAAUUUGAUGGCGGUCAAGGAUGGAACACACAACCACUACACCGAAGAUCCGUAA